AUGCACCCGGGCUCCCUGUGUCUCCUGGGCCCCCCCUGCGCACCCCACUGCUGUGACCCGGGGGCGCCCUCGGCUGCCGUUUGCUCGGGUGACGCCAGCCCUGCCUUUGGGCUCUGCCUACCCAGCUGCCACCAAGGGACCCUCUGGCUCCUGGAUGACGGCGAGAGAGGCCACGGACACGCGUGGAGCUGCGAGCCCAGCGCCCGCACCAUGAGCUGGGACCCCCGGACCUGCUGCACACCCGGCCGCUGUCUCGCUCCCGCAUGGGGCGCGGCCUGUGGUGCCCGGGGGACCCCCAACACGGGACCAGGACCAGGACCCUGCCCCGGCCGCCGCCCCAGCUGCCACCCAUGCACCUGGACCCUGGGGCGCGCGCUCCACGGCCCCACGCGCAGCCCACGCACCACUGCAGCCGGCCGGACCCUGAGCAUUGGCUCCCCACCGCCUUGCGCGCCUGCCCUGCUUCCCCAGGAGCGCCCCGCCCCUGCACCCCUGCAGACGGGGCGGUCCCUGGGGCAGAAGCUGCGGAAACCCUGGCUCAGGCCCGCGAGCUGCCCGCCGCUGAGCUGUGUUUCCAGAAACAUCCGGCCGCUGAGCCACCUGCCCUGCACCUUCCCUCCACUGGGCCAUCUGCCCAGCACCUUCCCGCCGCUGCGGUACCUGCGAAGCGGCUGCAGGGCCUGA